AUGAGCACAGCACAAGGGGGUUUGCAGCCCCUUUCAUUCCAGCCUGGGACCCUGUACCAGUACCGCUACACCCUGCAUGUCCAGCUGGAUCACACCUCCACACCAUCCCCGUGGGGAGCCUGGCUGAAGGCUGAGGCCUUGGUCCAUCUGCACCAGCUCUGGAGGGACCAAGGAAGGGAAGAGCUGCUCCAGGUGCAGAUCCAUGCCCUGAAAGUCCAACACAAGGCAGAAGAGAAGAGGAGGCAGGAUGGCCCUGGAGGUUCCCCUGCAGAGGUUAUACUGAGCCAGGAGGCACAGGCAGAGCUCCAGCAGCCAAUGUUCUUCUCCUGGAAUGGUGGAAAGGUCAAAGCCUUGUAUGGGAGCACAGCAGAAAGCAUCCUGGUCUCCAACCUGAAGAGGGGAGUCAUCAGUCUGCUCCAGCUGCAGGCCCAUGCUGGUACUACCAUGGAGGAGGACACCUCAGGGAGCUGCCAAGUCACCUACUCUGUGUCCAACCACUCCAUCACCAAGACAAAAGAUCUGCUCAACUGCACCAAGCCCAAAUCUGGAUUCACCUCUGUAAACAAGCUCUUUGGGGUGGAGUGGCAGCCCAGAAGCACAAGCCACUAUGUGGUGAAGGACAGCCUCCUCCAGUCAGUCCUGGCAGAGGAAAGUCAUGUGGUGGCUCCAGCCCUGAGAUCCACCUCCAGCAUCAAAAUCAGCUCCAGACAGCAGCUCCAGCUCAUGUCUCCCCCAGAGCCUGGCCCAGCAGAGGUGUCUGGACAAAGCCUUGUGGAUGUGCUGGCUGGGAUGGAGACACAGCACCAGCCCCUGGGCAUGGCCAGUCUGCCCUUCAGGAGGGUCUGCACUCACUGCCCCUCGCUCAGAGCUUACUUGAAGGGUUUGGAUGGGCUGAGACUCAAAACAGACACCUCAAAGGCAGCGACAACGUGGCAGUUCCAGAGGUUCAUCCAGAUGCUGCAGAGUGCCAAGAAGAGAGAUGUGCUGCAGCUGCUGAGGAGAGCUCCAGAGGAGGCAUGCCCCUUCCUGGUGGAGGCAGCAGUGGCUGCACAGUCAGUGGCUUCCCUGGCAGCUCUCUCAGACUUCCUGGAUUUCAGCAAGGGGCCCAAGUCCCUCCUGGAGAAGUUUCUCUAUGCAGCAGCUUUCUCUCCCAGGCCUUCAGGAGAGCUCCUCCACUUGGUCUUGGACAAGCUGGGUGGGAAGCAGCUGCCCCCUGAGCUCUGGGAGACAGGGAUGCUUGCUGUGGGCUCUCUGGUGGGCAAGCUGUGCCAGCAGGAGCUGUGUGAGCUACAGGUGGUGAAGCAUGGGGUGGAAACCAUCCUCAGGGGACUAAGAGGUGCCAAGGAGGAAUCUGAGGUGCUGAUUUACCUGCUGGCCCUGGGGAAUGCAAAGCUCCCUGAAGCCAUCCCCAUCCUCCUGGACCAUGCUGAGGAGGGUCCCAGUGCCAUCACCACUGCAGCCAUCUCUGCCCUGAGGAGAUUCCCUGCUCAGCACAGCUCCAGCAAGGUGAAAGGAGCCAUGAGGAGGAUUUUCCAUGAGAAGAGGAAGAACUAUGAGAAGACCUCUCGUCUGGCUGCUGCACAAAUCCUCCUGGAGAAUGACCCCUUACCGAUGGAUGUCAUCAACAUCCUGCUGGCCACCAAUGAGAUGGAGACAGAGAUGGCAACAUUUCUGGUGCUGAAAGUCCAGAACAGCCUGCAUGGUGACCACCACCACCCAGCCAGGAAGAUCAGGAAAGUGGUCCUGGGAGACCCACGGAUAAACAACUACAACUUCUUCUCCAAACUUGGCAUCUCCUCUUCGUUCUCAGCACCUCUGACAGCCACCCAGGACCUGCUUUCCACCUUUGGACUGGACCUGCUGUUCCUGGAGGGUGGAUUUCUGAGGAAGAGUGUGUCUGACUUCGUCCUGCUCAGCCAUGGCCAGAGGUUUCCUGUAGUUCAGGUCAUCACUGAAGCCCAAGGGCUGGAGUCCAUGAUGGGAGAAAGUGUGUUGGAAGGGGAAGAAGAGUCAGAACUCACAGCUGGGAUGUCUGCUGUCGUCUUGGACGUCCAGCUGCGGCCCAUCCUCUUCUUCCAGGGAUACACAGACCUGAUGGCCAAGGUCCUGCUGAGCAGUGGAGAACCCAUGAGUGUGGUCAAAGGGAACCUCCUGCUGAUGGACCAUCACCAGGUCAUUCCUCUGCAGUCUGGCCUCCAGGUGACCGUCAGACUCCAGGGCGCACUAGGGCUUGACAUCUCAGCUGACCUGGCCCUGAGCAUUUGGGAGCAGGAGCUGAAAAGCAGCAUCACCACAAGGGGAAGUCUCACCAUGGAUUUCCAGGCAGAACUAGAUUCCCCUUUCCUCCAAGCCACUCUGAGAAGCCAGACAGAGGUGGAGACCUCAAUCCACUUUGACACCAUGCUGAGGUUCUCUGACAGCCCAGUGCUCAUGUGCCUGCAGCUGAGGGAGGAACAGAUCUCAUACAGAGAAACCUUCAGAGUUUCCCAGUCUGUUGGUGGCCAGAGCAGCACCUCUGGGAAGGGCAGGUACAACACCAUGCCAGGGAGGGAAUUUGCCCUGCACCAGGCCAACUCCAAGGUCUGCAACCUCCUGCUGCCUGCUGAGAGAGAAUAG